UUAGUGUCAAUUUACGUUUUGCAGUUGCGGACGCUUACUUGUUUUCAUUUUGUGUAUAGUUAAUAUUGUGUAUUAUUCCAUGAAGUAGUGAUUUAUUGCUUAUAUUGAUUAAAUAAAAUCCACAAAAUGACGGCUGCCAAUAACGAGUAUCCUAAGGCAUCAAAUGCCACUCUAAUUGGAGCCAGCAUUACAUACAUUGCUGGCCUGUUUCUUCUGUUGUCGUUUGCCGGCCCGUACUGGAUUGAGUCUUAUCCUGAAAUGUUCUCCAGCUUUAAACACAUGGGUCUGUGGGAAUACUGCUUUGAUCGCUAUCGAUUCCCUUCCUAUCAGUUUGAUAAACUGUUUCAUGGAUGCCACUACAUCUUCAGUCAGGAGUUCUACGUGAUUCGAGAGUGGUUACUGCCUGGCUGGUUGAUGACAGUACAGUUCUUUGUAACAGUAGCUCUGAUAUUGUCUCUGUCAUCUCAAGUGUUGCUGGCAUGUGUGAUAGUGAGGUGGCCACUACGCACCGUCCUGAGAUACGAAUGGAUCUUUGUCAGUGCUGCAUUCAUCAUGGUGGCUAUAUCAAGUGGAUUCUUAUUCUUGGCAGUUGCCAUAUUCGGUGGGAACUGCUACCGGCGUGAUUGGCUGUUGUAUCCUUCAUUCAAUGUACUGUCUUGGUCUUAUGCCUUUGCUGUAGUUGCCUUCAUGUUGUUUGGAGCUGCAGCAAUUCUUUUGUACUUGGAAUCCCGAAAGCUUUACGAACUCCGUUUGGAAGCUAAGAACUUGGUUGCUCAAAUGCAACACAGCCAGCCGGAACAUGCCUUGCACCAUUUACGUGAUCAGUUGCAGCAGCAACGUCAGCUGGGAUUCAUUUAAAAUAAAGCACUGGCACAAGUUUAUUUUAGAAGUAUACUUCAUAUAAAUGAUCUUGAUGUUAAUCGAACACCAGCAUAUCAACACCAUGUUUAGUUGUCUUGCUUGAAGCUUUGAGCACAAGACAAACAGUUUGACUAUUUCUUACACUUAAUUUUAGAGAACACAUCAAUAAUUGAAUCUCAGUGUAAUAAUUAUAUUUUUUUAAUCUCCAAUAUUUUUUUUAUUACAGUCAGGUGAGGUGGUUGUUGCUUUCAUAUUUUUUGUACUUAUUGGAUUCUCAAUAUUUAAUUGUAUUACCUCCCCACUCAGAGACAUUUAAUGAUUACUUAAGUCACUUCUUAGUGACGGAAUGUCAUACAAAUCCUUCACUAAGGAAUGGCUUAAGUAACCAUUAAUAAAUUAAAUGUCCACCAUUGUCCAUGUAAAUGUUAACCAUCAAUAAAAAAAAUUUAAUAAAUAAAUAAAUUAAAUGUCUCUGAGUGGCGACAUUUCGACGGCCCCUAAGUAUACUGAGUCGACUAACAAAUUUUGUGAAUUGCACUUUUUUGUGUAUUUACAAUAUUGUUAUUUGUGUUAAUACACAAAAAAGUGAAAUUCGCAAAAUUUGUUAGUUGACUCAGUAUACUUAGGAGCCGUCGAUUUGUGUCACGGUUUGUGCCUUAGUAGAAACACUACACUUAAUAUACUGUGUACUGACAUUCUUAAGAAUGAUUAUGGUAGUUUAAUUUUUUGUGUAAGUUUGUACUUGAUUACUUUUAGUAUUGCAGAGUUGCAUUUAGUAUUGACUUGUAUGUUUUUAAAUACAACUUUGUUGGAUAUCUAUUGUAUCAUUCGGGUUUUUUUGUGACUGAUUAAUUGCCUUUUUUUGUAGUACAUUAAGUUUUAUACUGAAUGGUUCACUUGACCAGAACAAUAUUUACUUAAUAGUAAUAGAAACAUGUAUUUACAACCCCAUGAGUUUCGAUGUAUAAUAAUGAAAUUAUCUUAUUCCAUUUUUUAUCUUUGCUUUUAUAAUUCUAGGAUUUAAGAUUUGUACUUUAAUUUAAUGUAUUAUUUUUAUUUGAUCAAUUUUGUCAUAUUACUUAAUAAUCUGUACCUAACAUGUGCCUUAAGAGAAUAAUUAUUAAAAAUUAUGGAUAUAGGCUUUGUAAACCCAUCCGUCCAAAUAAUAAUCUCAAUAAUUAAGCCAUUCCAAGGAUGAACGCUGAUUGUACUGAUAAUAAUUUUAAAUAAACGUGUAAAAACAG